AUGCCUGGAGCCCACCGUUUUGUGCCAAGGAUCAUUAAGGACCCUAUCCAUGACCUCAGUACGCCAUUACCCUCUCAUUCAGCACGCCAAUUCCAACGCCUACGCUACAUCAAACAACUGGGAACUUCGUACUUUGUCUGGCCCGGAGCAUCACAUAAUAGAUACGAGCAUUGCCUAGGUGUUGCCCAUCUUGCCAGGACUUUGGCGACGAACCUACAGACGAAGCAACCAGAUCUCGGGAUCACUGAUAGGGACAUUGAAUGUGUAGAACUUUCUGGCUUAUGCCAUGACCUCGGACACGGACCAUGGAGUCAUGUUUGGGAUUCAAUGUUUGUUCCGACGGCACUACCAGACUUGAAAACCCCAUGGAAACACGAGCAAGGCUCUGAGAUGAUGUUCGAUUAUCUUGUAGCCUGCAACAAUAUCGAAAUUGAGGAGGCAGACACGAAAUUCGUCAAAGCCCUUAUCGCAGGGGAUCCGGCGAAAUGUGAUCCGUCCGAAAAGGGGUUUCUCUUUGAUAUCGUAGCCAACAAGAGAAAUGGCUUGGAUGUGGACAAGUUUGAUUAUUUCGUCCGCGACUCCCAUAUGAUUGGCGAGCCUAUCAAGAUCAAUCUUACACGCCUACUCAAAUCUGCCCGGGUGAUAGACGGGCAAAUUUGUUACGACAUCAAAGAUGCCAACAAUAUCUACGAGGUGUACAACACUCGAUUCCGCUUGCACAAGCACAUCUAUAACCACAAGACAGCCAAGGCCAUCGAGCACAUGAUCAUUGACGCUCUCCUCUUGGCAGAACCGCAUCUGAAAAUAGCUUCAAGAGUGUUUGAUCCCGAAAAAUUCACCUACUUGACCGACGAUAUCAUGACCCAGAUUGAGUAUGAUGCAUUAAGCAAUGCAGAUUUGGCUCCUGCCGCCGCAAUUUUUGACCGUAUCCGGGUCCGCGACUUGUACAAGAGCGUCGAUUAUAAAACGGUUGAUUGGGCUGAUCAUAAGUUCUUCAAGGCGGAGGUAACGCCAGCCAAGAUUGUGAGGGAAGCGCACAAUGAUAUGACCGAGCCUUCUGGCCUUACUCCGGAUGAUGUCAUCGUCCACGUUAAGUUCUACUCCAAGGCUCGACCUGACGUGUGUGCUAUUGCUCAACCGGGCGACUAUUCGAGCCUCGUGCCGUCAGUCUUUGGAGAAGUACUUCUUCGCGUAUAUACGAAAAAAGCAGAGCAAGCUGGGUACCGCGCUCUCCUUUCCAAGAUUACUGGCAGACCAGCUGUCACUGUGCCCACGCCACCUGCCACUGAGGCUCCUUCUACUCCUAGAUCGUCUCGCAACAGCAGCUUAGCUGCACUCGAUGGUUCCCCCGGUGGGAGCAAAUAUGGCGAGAAUCAAUUUACUACCGUUGAGCGGGGCUAUAUCCCAGCAAGUCCUGCCAAACAACUGAAACGCAAAACUAGGACUAUAGAGGCGGAAGGAUCUUCGAAGAAGAAGAGGACGCCAUGA